AUGAAGCAGCUCCUCACCUAUCAAAGGAAUCUGACCAAGAGACAUGUUGAUGAGAAUGGACUCAUCACUGUUGCUUUACAACUAGAUUUCCGUGUGGUAAAACUGAAAGAUGUUGAAUCACUCCAAAUUUGGCAACCUAGUAAUCACAGUGACUUCAGCUGCCCCAUCUGUCUCCAGACAGCUACUCUCCCAGUACAAACCAACUGUGGACAUGUAUUCUGUGGUUCCUGUCUGAUCACGUACUGGAAACAUAGUCCCUGGUUAGCAGCAAUAACCUGCCCUCUCUGCAGACAAAAGGUGGUUCUUCUGGAUAACAUCUUUUGUGAAAAGCAACAAGAUAAGCCAAGUAAACAAAUUGUACAUGACAUUAGAGAUUACAACAAGCGUUUCUCAGGGCAACCUCGACCCUUUGCAGAUUACCUUUACGACAUGCUGUUAUUCCUGACUCUUGCCUUGCGAGGAAUCUUCACCUGGGGUGGUCUUGUAUGGAUUUUUUUCCUAAGAGUUGCUGUUUGCUCCUUCGGAACAAUCAUAUGCUUGUCUUCUGCAUUUGACAUGAAGCCUGGGCCUCUCUGUAGGACACUUGGAACAGCUGAUGACAUGGUGGUUGUUUCCCUUCUUCUAAUUUGCAUGAUAAAUACUUGUCAGCAAAUUGCAUCUAAUGGGGUAAAUAUGGCAAGGUCUGCAGCUCAGAGCAUGCUGUCAGAGUCCUGA